GAUACAUUUUCAAUGCCUUCUUACACUCUCUCUCCCUCUCUGUCUCGCUCCGCCAUUUUGAGCGCACAGGCGCAGUAUAAAUACAAAAGCAGGCUGACAUCCUUGCAAGUGCCCGCCCUCCCAUCAUCUCUCUUCCCUCCUCCUCCUCAACUCAAGGAAAUCAACUAUGACCAAUUCCUUGAAGUAUCCCAAGAGCGGUUCGAACAGCAGCCCGCCUCUUCUGCAGAAUUAUGGAGAGCUGCUGCAGCAGCUGCACAAGGUCCCCGACACUGAUAAUGCACAGGCCCACAAUGACCAUGGCAUUGCUGUCCCUCCUGUGCUGGCUCCGGCAGAAUGCCAGCUGCCCCUGAUAGACCUGAGCCCCUACACAAGAGGCAGCAAUCGCAGCCUGAUACUGGAGGGGGAGGAGCUGGAGCGCCAAGCCUGCGCGGCCAAUAUCUGCAGGGCAUCUUCUCAGUGGGGCUUCUUCCAGGUAGUGAACCACGGCAUAAACCAUGAGCUGCUGUGGAGAAUGAGGAGAGAGCAAGCUAGGCUGUUUGAAGCCCCUUUCGAGACCAAAGCCAACAGUGGCCUUCUCAACAACUCCUACAGGUGGGGGACUCCCAGCGCUACCUGCCCCGCACAGUUCUCUUGGUCUGAAGCCUUCCAUAUCCCCCUGACCAAGAUUUCUGAUGCUGCUUGCUACGGCGAUUACAUCUCUCUGAGGGAAGUGAUGAUGGAAUUAGCUGCAGCCAUGUCAAAGCUAGCAAGGAUGCUUGUUGGUAUCCUGGCGGAAAGAAUGGGACACCAGAAGGGAGCCUUUGAUUCCAUGUGUGAGGAAAGCACGUGCUUUCUUCGCCUGAACCGCUACCCUGCCUGUCCAGUACUGUCACAUGACACAUUUGGGUUGGUUCCCCACACCGACAGCAAUUUCCUGACGAUAUUAAGCCAGGAUCAAGUUGGCGGUCUCCACCUUCUCAAGGAUUCUCAAUGGGUGGCUGUUAAGCCCAAUCAAGAAGCUCUUAUUGUCAACAUCGGCGACCUUCUCCAGGCUUGGAGCAAUGAUGUAUAUAAAAGCGUGGAGCACAAAGUGAUGACCAAUGAGAAGAUGGAAAGAUAUUCAAUCGCUUACUUUUUGUGCCCUUCGUACGAAUCUUUAAUUGGGAACUGCAGAGAGCCUUCUGUUUACAGGAAGUUCACAUUCGGGGAGUACAGACAUCAAGUUCAAGAAGAUGUUAAGAGCACUGGUCGCAAAGUAGGCCUUCCACAUUUUCGACUUCAACAAACAUUAGCAAGCUAGUCUGCCCAAUAUAUAUUCUUGUUCCCGCCUUCCAGGUCUAAUGAGCUUGGGAUAAGUACCGGAGGAGUGUUGGCUUCCGCUGCAAGCACAGAUGGACUAUAUAUUAUAUAUAUGUGGCCUUCCGGUAAAGAGAGAACUUUCCCUCCCUCUCCCUCUCCCUCCUCUCUCUCUCUCUCUCUCUCUCUCUCUCUCUCUCUCUCUCUCUCCACUUUUACAUAUAUAGACGUCUACCCUGUAGAUUCAUUCAACGGACGGUGAAGAGGAUCAUGCUGCUGUACACAGGAUUAUUAUGUAUAAAUCUUACUAGAAUAUAAAGUUCUUUUAUAAGCUGCCCCAACAAAGAUAUCUA